UUUGGAGCAGCCAUGACGUCAUUUGUAUUUCACCAGCUGUUGCUCUGGAUAAAAAUACAAAAUACAAGUGAGUUUGGAGCAGCCAUCGACGCUGAGCCCUGAAGGUGUUGUGGGCCCUUUAAGGAAGCACUAAUGAUGAAUUUAGAACUACUUGAAUCCUUUGGACAGAAUUACCCUGAAGAGUUUGAUGGAGCCUUGGACUGUGCAUCAUUAGCUGUCACCUGUGCAUUUAAUAGACGAGGAACACUCUUGGCUGUGGGAUGUAAUGAUGGACGCAUUGUUAUUUGGGACUUCCUAACUCGUGGUAUUGCCAAGGUCAUAAGUGCUCAUGUACACCCUGUAUGUUCUCUCAGUUGGUCAAGAGCUGGGUAUAAACUUGUGAGUGUAUCCACUGACAACAAUGUGUGCAUUUGGGAUGUGCUGUCUGGAGAAUGUGACAUCAAAUACAGAUUCCCUUCACCAGUCAUGAAGGUUCAGUUUCACCCUAGAAAUGACAAGAUGUUCUUGGUUUGUCCUAUGAGGCAUCCUGCAGUGUUAGUUAAUGUAGAUUCUUCACAUGAAGUUAUUCCUAUGGAUGAUGAGGGUGAUGUAAACAUUGUAGCAUCCUUUGACCGCCGAGGAGAACAUAUUUUCACUGGUAACAGUCGUGGAAAGCUGCUGAUACUGUCCUGCCCGGAAUUAAAAAUAAAAGCCUCCUUUAGGAUUGGUCAAGGAACUACUAGUGCAGCAGCUGUGAAGAGUAUCGAAUUUGCCCGGAGAACAGAGUUCUUUUUAGUGAAUUCAGCAGAUCGUGUAAUUCGGGUUUACGAUGCAAGGAAGGUUUUGAAGUGUGGGAAAGACGACGACCCAGACACUACACAGAAAUUGCAGGAUCUUGUUAAUAAAACCAUGUGGAAAAAAUGUUGUUUCUCUGGAGAUGGGGAGUACAUCUGUGCCGGCUCAGCACGACAACACUCACUAUACAUAUGGGAACGAAGUGUUGGUAACUUAGUGAAGAUUCUUCAUGGAACAAAGGGAGAGAUGCUGCUAGAUGUUGUGUGGCAUCCUGUGCGACCAAUUAUGGCAUCCAUCAGCUCUGGAGUUGUUUCAGUCUGGUCUCAAAACCAGGUUGAGAAUUGGUCAGCAUUUGCUCCAGAUUUUAAGGAGCUUGAUGAAAAUGUUGAGUAUGAAGAACGUGAGUCCGAGUUUGAUCAGAGUGAUGAGGACAAGAGCAUAGAACUCAGCCAGGAGAGAAGAGAGGAAGAUGUAGAGGUUGAUGUUACAAGUACAGAGCCAGUAACUGCCUUCUGUAGCUCUGAUGAGGACGAUGAUAGCAAGGCUCUUUUGUACCUUCCAAUCUCUCCAGAAAUAGAAGAACCUGAGGAAGGCUGGGGCCCUGAGGGUGCACCAAAUGAAGACCUCUCCUCCAAGAGGUCAGGUGAUAGUAAGGAGAAUGUUUCACCCAAAAAGAAGAGACCAAAAACAUUUGAUGUUUCAUUAGAAAAUGCACCAACAGAUGAGGUUCAUCCAUUAGUGAGCAACAGACCCAAGGAGAAACAAACUGCAGGGAACAAGAAGGGACGAAACAACUCCAAAGGAGACUCAAAAAAGGAUAGAAAAAAACACUGAUGAAGGUUUAUAUAUGGUUUAUACAUAGUAAUAGGCUGUUCCAUUUUUACAUUUUAAUUUGUAGUUUAUUUUAUAUGUAUAAACAGAUUACAUACAGAGUCCAUUUGGAACGUAAUGAGUAAAAAUGGAGUGCAAACUCCUAAACUUGUACAAAUUAACAAUUUGUAGUUGGCAUAAGAUUGAGACAUGAUCAGUCAAAUUAAAUAAAUUUGUUUGUAAAUGGAGCAUUUAAAAAAGAAACUAGUCAUUGUCAAGAUAAUUAAUGAAAUAGCAUGUCAAGUAAGCCUCACAGUAUGCAGUCUAAACAUGAAAAAAGAUAUACCGUGUCUUCAUUUGAGUUUUACACUGAUAGACUGUUUGUAAUGUUAUUCAGGUGCACGUUAAAUAAUGCUUUUUGUUUUUAUUACGAUUAAUGGUUGAAACUAAUCGGCAUUAUAGUAUACUUUAUGUAUCUCUGUUCUAGUGUUUUAACUUUCUGAAAAUGGUGACAUGUGUCGGCUCCUCCCAGGACAACUCACCCGCAUUCCAUCUCCAAUCUUGAAAUAUCAAAGAUCCAGUGGCAAUCAUUGAAUUAUUAUGUGAAAACUUCUAGUAACUUCAACCCCUUAUGUAUGGGGUCGCCUCUCAGGUGAAUAAAAUCGUCUAACAUUAGCCAAAUGAAAUAUUACAAGUAGUGUCCCCCGUAGUGAAGGAGUUAAAGACAGAAGUGUGUUACACAUGCCACAACUACAACUGUACUGUACAAAUGUACAUGAAUAGGAGAAAUAAACAAAACAAAAUAUGAAUAAAUAAGAAAAUAUAAAAUAUUUAUUAACCCAUAGGCUCCGGAUGACAUUCCAGAACGUAUAU